AUGGCGUCUGACUCAAAAGACUCCGCUUUUGGCAUCCUCGGCUCCUCGAAGCUCAACACCGCCGACGGCAAGAAUCCCACCUCCUCCGCCACCACUUCUAUGUCAACUCAGGCAGGCACAGCUAGCGGUCAAAAGAACACCGAAGAGUACAGACAGGAGUGCAGCAAGGCUCAUGAUGCUCUAGAGGAUCGUCUACGCGAUGAGGAGAGGGAAAGGAAGUGGAGCGGGAGGUGGUGA